AUGAGUUUAAAUAAACAUUGGAAAUAUGAAACAGGUGAAGAUUUAGUUCUUAAUCAAUUGAAGGGACUUGUUUGGUCAAAUCCUUAUAUUAAAUUAAUACCUUCUGAAAAAGUUAUAUUUAAUCCUCAUUCAAAUUCUGAAUCUAAAAUUACAUUAAUUAGUGGAGGUGGUGCUGGUCAUGAACCUUUACAUGCUGGUUAUGUUGGUACAAAUUUAUUAGAUGCAGCUGUUAGUGGUUCAAUAUUUGCAUCACCCUCAACUAAACAAAUUUUAACAGCUAUAAAAACUAAAUCAAAUAAAGAAAAGGGAACAAUUGUAAUUGUUAAAAAUUAUACUGGUGAUGUAUUACAUUUUGGUUUAGCUGUUGAAAGAGCUAAAAAUGAAGGUUAUAAAAUUGAAAUUGUGUUAGUUGGAGAUGAUGUUGCUGUAGGUAAAGAACAAAAUAAAAUGGUUGGAAGAAGAGGUUUAGCUGGUACUGCAAUAAUUCAUAAAAUAUUGGGUGCUGCUGUUCAAGAUGAAAAUGUUAGUUUAAAAGAUAUUGCAAAUUUAGGUCAUUUAAUAAAUGAUAAUUUAGUUACUUUAAGUGCAAGUUUAGAUAGAACUUCAGUACCUGGAAAAUCAGAAAAUGAAGUGACUACAAUUUUUAAUGAGAAAAAUGAAAUAGAAUUAGGUUUAGGAAUUCAUAAUGAACCUGGAACUAAAAUUAAACCAAUACCAAAUAUUGAUGAAUUAAUUAAAAAAAUGUUAAUACAAUUAAUUUCAUCUGAAGAUAAAGAUUAUCAUUAUGUUGAAUUUGAUCCUGAUGAUGAUUAUAUAGUAGUUAUUAACAAUAUUGGAGGUACUUCAACUUUUGAAUUAAAUUUAAUUACUGAACAUGUUUUGAGAAAUUUACCAUUUAAAAGAAAACCAAAAAGAGUUUUAAUAAGUGAUUUCGUUACUUCUUUCAAUUCACCUGGUUUCUCAAUAACUUUACUUAAUUUAACAAAUAUUAAUAAAGCAAAUAAUUUAUAUAAUCAAGAAGAUAUAAUUAAAUAUUUAGAUGAACCAACUAAUGCACCAGGUUGGAAACCAAAAUCUUAUGAUUCAAAAUUAUGGGAAAAACUGUCUGAAAAUCAUAUUGAUUCACCAAUGGAUCAUCAAGAAUUAUUGACUUCUAAUUUAAGAAUUGAUGGAGAAAAAUUUAAAAAAAAUUUAAUAAAUGCAUUAAAUAAUUUAUUAGAAUAUGAACCAAAAAUUACACAUUAUGAUACAUUAGUUGGUGAUGGAGAUUGUGGUGAAACUUUAGCUAGCGGAGCCAAUUCAAUUUUAAAAGCUUUUAAAGAAAAUAAAGAAUUUCAAAAUAAUUUAAAUGAUCCUGUUGCUUCAUUAUCAAUAAUAACUGAAUUAAUAGAAGAUAAUAUGGGUGGUACAUCAGGUGGAUUAUAUGCAAUUUUUUUGACUUCAUUAGUUCAAUAUUUAAAUAAAUCAAAUCAAAUUGAUUUAAAUACCAUAAGUGAUUCAUUAUAUCAAGCAUUACAUGAAGGAUUAUUUAAAUAUACUAAAGCAAGGGUUGGAGGAAGAACAUUAAUUGAUACAUUACAGCCAUUUAUAGAUACACUUCAUGAAACAAAAGACUUAAACAAAGCCUUAGAAGCUGCUGAAAAAGGUUGUGAAAAAACAAAAAAUUUACAUGCCUCAUUUGGUAGAUCAAGUUAUGUUAAUGAAGAAGAUUUUAAAGUUGAAGGUGGUAUACCUGAUCCAGGAGCAGUUGGAGUAUUAGCUUUAAUUAAAGGAUUUUUAAAAGAUUAUGAAGAUUAA